UAAAGACUAAUGCGAUGUUUUCUUUCUAUCUAGUUUUGACUACUGAAUUCUAUAUCCUAGUGUGGAAACUAUAGCUGUUAUCCCUUGAAAUGUUAUUAUUAUUCUAGCUUAACUGUCUGCAUAACAAUCUAUUUUAGUUUAAUAUAUACUUUAUCAUUUGUGAUUUAAUGUGUCUUUAAGUGAAUUCACUAUGGAUUUGUCCUUGGAAAAAAACACAGCUUACAUUGAACAAAUUGUAUCAUUUUUACCUAUUAUGAAGAUAGAAUGAAUUUUGAGAGAAACCAUCGAUCGUUUACUAAUCUAGGUGCAUUUAUUGGCCAAUAAGAAAAAACCUAUUUAUAUACAUACACCUACAAUUAUUUGUCCGCAAGAAGAACGCAUAUAUAAAUAAACCGUAGAUGUAUGCAUAGAGAACAUAUUCAUCUAACCGUGUAUAUACUGUAGUUACAUUCACCUAUACCAAUCACCAGUAAUAUGCAACCUUAAUCAUCGUUAAUUUUUCAUUCAGUAAACUAGUUACUCAACAAUGAUUAAUUGAUAAAUAAAUAGUUGUGAAUAAAAUCGACGGUUUUCUUUUCUUCUUUCAUCCAUCAAACAACAAAUUCAUUGUCUUUCUCAUUUGUUGAAAGGAUCUUCACAAAACCCCUUUCUUAUUUGUAUAAAUUUUGAAAUUGUAAAAAGAAAAACAAUAUUAUCCUAUUCUACGCAUAUAUCAAUUAGUGAAUAUGUUAUACGGUGGUCCUCUUGGUACUUAUCUUAGUGGUUUGUCAUCAUCAUCGUCAUCAUCUUCAACUAGUGGAAUAUCACAUCUUAAUUCAUCAAGUUCAGUAUAUAAUACAUCUGGUAAUAAUGCAAAUUAUUAUACUGGAACAAUAAGUGGAUUAAGACGUAGCAGUUCAAGAUAUCGAAAUUCUACAAGUGGUAAUAAUUUAUCAACAACAUCAACUCCAUUAAAUACUACUAGUAGUAGUAAUAUCAGUAAUAGUAAUAAUAGUAGUAGUACUGUAAGUGGAACUAAUCCAUAUUCAUCUUAUUAUACACCACCAGUAAGAAGAAAAUAUGGAACACCUGAAACGGAAACUCCAAAGCCAUCACGGUAUUUAACACGUACACAAGGUCUUUCAAGUAAUAGUGGGAGUAGUAUUGGCAGUGUUGGUGUAGGCAGCAGUUGUAGUUCAACUGGUACAUCAACUUCAUCUUAUUCAGGACUUCCACAAUAUCCACGUAGGUCACCAAAUAAAAUUAGUUCAAAUACAAAUUAUACACUCGGUGGAAUAGGUACUAGUUCAUCAUGGAAUUCAGACUUGAGUAGUGCUGCAAGUAAAACACCUAAUUACAAACAGUUAUACGAAGAAGAAAAAGUACUAACAAACGGUUUACGUGAAGAGGUAAAAGCAGCCCAGAAAGAACUGAAGGAAUUAGAAGACGCCUUGGAAAAUUCAGUUGGUAGACGAAGACCUAGUGAGGUUGAACAACGGAAAAUGGAAAGAAGAAUUUCAGAAUGUGAACAAGAACUUAAAUUAAUUGAGAAAUUACGUGCUGAAUCUGAGAAAUUACAUGCUGAACAUCGAGCACUUAUCCGAGUGGUGUCACGUUUAAACAGAGAACAGUAAAUAAAACAAAUUUUUUUCUAAAAAAAAUAAAAUAAACAACAAUUUACCAUUUUCUUUCUUUAUCAAUAUUUAACUAACAUGAAUAGUGAAACAAAACUCUGUUCUUUACUUCUUUAAACAUGAUAGUUAUAUUUAUACAUAAAGAUUCUUUUUAAUUUCAUAAUAAUGUUAAUUCAUUUGAAUGUAUGAAUAAAUAAAAUUAAAAUAUUUAUCGAA